CGAGGUGGCCGAGGAGCACUCCGAGGAGCACAGGGCGUCGAGGAGGCACCAGCGGUGGGCGCAGCACGGCGUGCAUGCCUGGUCGAGGUUCCGCGAGGAGGCCCCGGACCUGUGGCGGGAGGGCAUCACGGUGGCUUGCCGCAGGUUCGAGUGCAGGCCCUGCGGCACGAGCGAGCAGGAGUGGUGGCAGCUGUACGACCCCCGCGGCGACCACGUGUCGACGGCGAGGCACAGGAAGGCCACGCAAGGCAGGCGGAUCAAGGGCGCUCAGCCCUGGGAGGAUUCGCGAAGGCGGCGGUGGGAGCGCCUGCUGCGCGCGGAGGCGUCGCGCGUGCACGGGGGUGCCGCCGCCGCGGCAGAGCCGCCCCCCGCCGUCGACCGCGCGGGGGAGCCCACGGUGGCUGGCGCCCCCUCGGAGCAGUCCUGGCUGGAGCCGCUGGAGCCGCAGGAG